UGCCGUUCUUUUCGCGUGCGCCUUGUGCUGAUUGGCGACUCCGGAGUGGGCAAGAGCAACUUACUGUCUCGCUUCACCAGAAAUGAGUUCAACCUGGAAAGCAAGAGCACCAUCGGGGUGGAGUUUGCCACGCGCAGCCUUCAGGUGGACGGCAAGACCAUCAAGGCUCAGAUUUGGGACACGGCCGGACAGGAACGCUACCGCGCCAUCACCUCGGCGUACUACCGGGGUGCUGUGGGCGCUCUUCUGGUGUAUGACAUCGCCAAGCACCUGACCUACGAGAAUGUAGAGCGCUGGCUGAAGGAGCUGAGGGACCACGCCGACAACAACAUCGUCAUCAUGCUGGUGGGCAACAAAAGCGAUCUGCGACACCUGAGGGCCGUGCCCACCGACGAGGCGCGGGUGUUUGCGGAAAAGAACACACUGGCGUUCAUCGAGACCUCCGCGUUGGACUCCACAAAUGUGGAAGAAGCGUUUAAGAACAUCCUAACAGAAAUCUACCGCAUCGUGUCCCAGAAGCAGAUGGCUGAGCGGUGCGCCCACGACGAGUCGCCGGGCAACAACGUGGUGGACAUAAGCGUCCCGCCUACCAGCGACGGCCACAAGGGGCCCAGAGUGCAAUGCUGCCAGAACCUGUGA